GCCAUUCUGGCUGGCCAAGCCUUCCAUUUCAAACAGGUAUACGGGACAGGUAUUGUUUUGAAAACAUCGGAUGGACUUGGGAUGGACGGAUUUUUGUGAAGAACAAGUUCCAAGUCCAUAAUCCAAGGCAAUGGAUGAAAAAGACAUUGCUGAUAUUUUGCCUGACACCAAUGUGGAUCGAGAGAGGACACUGACAGGGAAAUGGGCUUUGGGAUUGUUUGCUCUGGUGUUCUGCUUCACUCUCGUGGCCUUUUGUACCUCAUCGUGGAUCGCGGGUGAUCCCAAGUUCUAUGGAACGAAAGUAGAAGAGGUGGGACUGUGGGUCCAUUGUUUCAGAUCGCUUCCCGAUUAUAAUGAUCCACUUCACCAAAGAUAUUUCGCCGGUUGCCGAUGGCUCUUCAACCCCUUUACAGAGGGCUACGGUGACAUUCGAUCAUUUUUGGCACCACCCUUCUUCGUGGCCACGCAGUUCUUUUACACAAUCAACUUCAUUGGCAUUCUCUUAGCGCUUAUACUCAUCCUCAUGUACUUACUCUGCAUCCAAGAUCACCACAGAGUAACUUGUUUGAGAUGGACCGGAAUCGAUUUGAUCAUCGCGGCUGUUCUGGGAACUUUGGCUCUCUUGAUAUUUGGCACGAUGGCCGAUGGGGAAGAGUUCAUGCCUGAUUGGCAACAUAACUAUCUAUCAUGGUCAUUUGGUCUGGCCUUUGUUGGCGUUUUCUUCUCCUAUGUGGAUGGCAUCCUUUUCAUCGUGGAAGCGCGAAUAAUGCAACGCAAGGAAAUCGCUCAAGAAAUGCGGUUUCCCAUGGAACAACGUGUUUAGGUGUUCGAAAAAUAGUCCUAACCUGUGUUCUGUUCAUAUGUCUCCAACAAUAAACCAUGCUAAAUUGUA